UACGCAAGAAGCGAUUAUGUUCAUAAGAACAUGUUAAUCAGUAAUUGAGUAAUUACAUGCAAUAAUAAUUUUAACUCGCUUUCAAAGAUGAUAUCGCUUGGGUUAGACUGACUGGACAAUGACUCACAAUGCUCUCGAGACCGUGGGGUCUUAAUCAAAUGACAUCACGUAAUCCUACAGCCACUAAAGCUGAUUAUAUAGAAAGCUGUAUUCAAACAACACACUGGUGACUGGUCAUUGCCAUUUACAAAGUUGGAAGAAUGGUGGACAAGUAGGAUCCUACCUUAUAUCUUUUGACGUCAAAUGUAUCAACACUGGUUAGAACAUGUGUAAAACCCCUUCACAGACUAUUUAAAACCGUUUACAAUAACGUUGAUUGGAUAUCAAAGACACCCUGUGGAGAUUCUCUAAAUAUUCACCUAAUCAUUUUUUUUAAACAGUUGAGUACAUGUUUACAUGCAUAUUUAUUUUUAGUAACACCCAUCCUCAAAAUCCGUUAAAUAUGUUCGCCACUCCAAUGGGCAGUCAACACUUGCAGAUGAAAGUCAUUCGUAGUGUUUGGUACACUGGAGUGAGUGAGUAUUUUACGCCUCUUCGGAAGCAACAGUCCUGAACGGACAUCACACAUUUUACGGUUGUGGGCGACUUUGCGCUACUGCAGCAGAGUGCGAUAUACCGAUGGAUUUCUACCAUACAAAUAGUGGAGACAGGGUUCUCAGGUCCAGACAGCAGUGCACCCGUACCGGGACACCGUGGUUGAAAUAAUGCUCACUCAGUCAUAAGAAAUAUUUUGUCUCUCAAGUAUGUUUGGGCAUUUUUUUUAAGUAAACAUCUGGUAAUAUGAUCUUGUGUGUUUCAAUUUUGGGACUGUCUCAAUAUUACUAUUACUUUUUAAUAUUUAGUUUUGUACGUGGGUGAGUAAAUCGAGACUUGACAAGCAGAAAUACAGGCAUACGUGAUUGGGAGAACUAACUUUAAAUGAUACUUUUAAAUAUAUUUUAGAGCCAUAGCGCCACUUCCGCCCAGUUUUAGUUCGACCUUAUCUGUUACCGCAUCUCACUUCCUUGUCUCUCGGCUAACUUCCCUGUAAAGUUUCAGCUUUCGGAGAAAAAUUCGCCUUGACCUUACACACACACUUCCUUUUUAUAUACGAUCGACUUUGUGUACAAAUGACUUCGUUUUCUUGAAGUUGAGGUUUCGUGGACAGUUUUUGUCAGAUCCGGUGAGAUAUAGCCUCAGUAGGAUUCAAUAAAAUCGUUAUUAUAUGAUUUCUCUCGGCACUUUGGUACUGGCUUUCUUUCUUACUGUAGAAGAUGCGUAUAAUAUACUUUUGGCCAAAUUUUGUUUCACUGUUUGACUAACAUAGACAAAAAGUGUAAAACGUGCAUCGUUAGUCAAAGCCGCUUCUGUUAGCAUGUUAUUUAUUUUCGUUAUUUUCUAAAGAUAAACGUGCGGUACAAUUAAGUGUUUUUAAAACACAUUGUGUAUUUAGUAUUGUCACGAUACUGAACACAAUGGAAUCUGGCAAAAAAUCCAACAACAAAACUAAAACAUAUUCUAACAAAAAUUACAUACUCAAUUUCAUAGCAUUCAAGAAAGUCGUAGUAAUUGAGUAUUACCAAAGUAUAUUUUCAGUUUAAUUGUAGCAUCGUUUGAAAUGAAUAUGUACCCUUUCACAUGAACGGUUAAUACUAUUAUUAUUGGAUACAGUACAAACACGAAGCACCAGAAUUAGUAUAGUCAAAAUACACAGCCAACCAAUUUGAUUUAUGGAGUCCAGAUUCUGUAUUGAAGAAAUCCGUCUUCGGAGUCUGAGAAUCAGGGGAGGUAACUCGGCGAUCGUAAACAAACCACUGUCGACCAUUAUGGCUGCCGACGGGAGAGCGACGAACGAUGACAGUGGAAAAAAGGCAGUGUUAUCUUUCAUGUGGCGUGUGGCACGCUAUUGAUAGCUAAUGUAACAUGUAGGUGCUCAACUACAUCCGGCGUCAACAUUGAUACCGUGUUGGAAAUGGAUAAACUGAGCAUAAUAUCGGGCGCAUUGUUCUUCGCUGCGGAUAUAUUCGCUGUCACAAGUUUGGCGAUGCCAAACUGGAUAGUAUCAGAAAUCGGCGGAGACACAUAUAUCGGUUUGCUACAGACAUGCCUGACCAUCUAUGGCCGCCCGACAAUCUGCUUCACGCCGGACCCGGUGCGAGGAGAGUGGCUACUGACAUUUAUCUGCAUUGUGAUGGGUAUCCUGUGUAUCAGUGUUACUAUAGUGCUUCUCGGGGUCUCCUACUGGGAGUACAGGGUCAUGAAGUUUGCCCGCUGGCUCGGCUUUGUUGCAAUGAUUCUGUUUUGCCUGGCGGCUGUGAUCUUCCCUAUAGGAUUUGACAUGGAUCAGAUCGGAGGGGAGGCCUACCAGCUUCCUAACAACUUCCGGGUCGGAAUAUCCUACAUCUUCUUUGUCCUUGCCCUGUGGAUCACUGUGGUCUCACAGCUCUUCGCCAGUAAAGUCUGUCUGCCACAUUUCUGAUCUCCGAACACUUUCAGUGACUGGACGCUCCAAGUAUUCACACUGAGCUAGUCAAGAGGAGUGCAGUCAUGUGGUAGUCUUAGCAUCAGGAAUCUCAUAGGCUUCCCAACAGUAUUUAGUGAUGAGUAGUUCUUUCUAAUAACUCUACAUAGUGGCUGGGGUGUGUUGUAUCUGCCUUCACGGACAGAUAGUUGAAUGUCAACCCUUCACUUGAUUUCCCCAUCACCUGUGAAUGCACAAGGCUGCGCUGUGGUGUAGUUGAGUCUGUCUAUGUCUGGUUCAGAGGGAAAAUUGACCAAUGAGAUCUCAGUUUACAUCUCACAAGCGGACAUUUUCCUUGUGCAACAUUGGUCGUUUUAAUUAAAGGAAGCUUGGUACAUGCAAGGAGUACGGAUUGUUUGACUUCUAUGAACUCUAAACAUCCUGGCAAUUUCAUUAACAGACUGAAAAUAAGCAUGAGUCUGUACUACUCGACAAAAGCCGUAUGUUUUCACAAGUGAUGAAGAAACGUUAUGUGUGAAGUAUUGAUGAUGACCAAAGUUCAGCUGUUUUUGAUGGUAGCCAGUUCUGCUGCAUGUGUCAUCAGAGGUCAUGGACUCCACAAAUAUAUACAAUAGUCUUGACUGCUGAUCUCACUUGUGUUUUUGUCUUUGCAGCCAUUGCCUGUGAGGUCAUAGGCUGUCGUAGAGAAUGUUUCAUGCUCUUCUAAGUUUGGCAACAUUACACAGUGUUCUGAAGAAUCAAGUUUCAAAAGCUUGAUUCCUUCUUGGAUACAAUGUAAAAAUAAUAACAUUUUAACCCUCACUGUCUGGCUUUGUGUCACAAUCACCAGUGCAAUAGCACAAUUUAUUAUGAUCCAGUUUUUAUUCUUCUACAGUGAAUAAAUUCAAGUGCAGUUUUCUCCUGAGAUGCCUUGCAGCAGUAUUACGAAGACCCAUCCAGCAAAUUCUAAAAUCCAUGUUUGUAUGAACAAUGUAAAUUUGUGCUAUAAGCAAAUCUGUUAGAACUAUUGUGUGAUAAGGAAAACUAUUAGAAAGGUAGCACUUCUUUUGCAUAUUAUGAAAACAGCUUGCUGGAGAACAAUAUAUACUCAAGCACGUUUCCAAGACUACUUUAGAAAUUGCAGAUGCUGAUGUGAGCUACUGACUGCAUUUUAAAGAGAAAUUAUGAAAUGAAAAGCCAAGUGAACUACUGUACCAACUUGGACUUAUGCUAUUUGCAAAAUAUAUAAUUUUGUGGACACAUCAACAUGCCAAACAUAAUCAUGCAUACAGCUUAACUAUUUCCUAUCGCAAGUGGAGUGACUGUAGACUUCCAGUGUAGUGUGUGUGUGUGUGUGUGUGUGCAUACUCUGUAGAAGUGUAGGUCUGUUGAGGUGUAUUCUGAUGGUAGUACAUAGUGUACAUAAUCUGUAGGUACAUAGAGCAGAUGAUACCCAGUAGAGAGGAUAGUGCUAAUCUGAAUGUUUCUCAGCUACUGUGAGGCAUGUUUUGUUUAAUUAACUUUGUCUGGUGAACUCAUUCGGUCAUUGAAAGAGGCCUCCUUUGUCCACACUGUGUUUGUUCCACCUUGGUGCAGAUAAUUGUCAACAUUUUCCAAAUACAUACAUGAUAUCCUGUGCUCCUUACAUGAUAGGGGCAGUGGGAUAGCAUAGUGGUUAAAGCAUUCGCUCGUCACUCCGAAGACCCGGGUUCCCACAUGGGUACAAUGUGUGAAGCCCAUUUCUGGUGUCCCCCACCGUGAUAUUGCUUGAAUAUUCCUAAAGGCGGCGUAAAACCCAACUCACUCACUCACUCACAUACAUUAUAUUCUGUGUCCCAUACAUGAUAUACACUGCCCCAGACAAAAUAGCCAAUGCCAAUAUGAUGUGCAGUGGACCAUAUUCCUGUGUUUCUGACUUGAUGUCCUUUGCCCUAGACAUGAUAUCUGUGUCGGAUUCAUGCCAUCCAGUGGUUCAUACAUGAUACCCACUCCUCAGUACCCAUUCCUUCUGUGUCAAUACUUGAUACCCCAUGAAUGAUGACCCAAUACCCAGAACUGUGCAACACUUGUCUGUAAAAGUACAAAACAUGUACAUCAAUUAUCUAAUUAUGUGUAACACUUGCCUGUAAAAGUACAACACAUGUACAACAAUUAUCUAAUCAUGUACAACACUUGUCUGUAAAAGUACAACAUGUACAACAAUUAUCUAAUUAUGUGCAACACUUGUUUGUAAAAGUACAACACAUGUACAACAAUUAUCUAAUUAUGUACAACACUUGCCUGUAAAAGUACAACACAUGUAAAACAAUUAUCUAAUCAUGUACAACACUUGUCUGUAAAAGUAUAACACAUGUAAAACAAUUAUCUAAUCAUGUACAACACUUGUCUGUAAAAGUACAACACAUGUAAAACAAUUAUCUAAUCAUGUACAACACUUGUCUGUAAAAGUACAACACAUGUAAAACAAUUAUCUAAUCAUGUACAACACUUGUCUGUAAAAGUACAACACAUGUAAAACAAUUAUCUAAUCAUGUACAACACUUGUCUGUAAAAGUACAACACAUGUACAACAAUUAUCUAAUUAUGUGCAACACUUGUCUGUAAAAGUACAACACAUGUACAUCAAUUAUCUAAUCAUGUACAACACUUGCCUGUAAAAGUACAACACAUGUAAAACAAUUAUCUAAUCAUGUACAACACUUGUCUGUAAAAGUACAACACAUGUAAAACAAUUAUCUAAUCAUGUACAACACUUGUCUGUAAAAGUACAACACAUGUACAUCAAUUAUCUAAUCAUGUACAACACUUGCCUGUAAAAGUACAACACAUGUAAAACAAUUAUCUAAUCAUGUACAACACUUGUCUGUAAAAGUACAACACAUGUACAACAUGUCAUGUAUGAGGUAUGUGGACGAAGGGGGCAUGGUUUUAUUGAGUGUUUCCAUAGCCAUUUGUUUAUAUUGUAGUCUGGCCUUGGGAUGCUGAAUGGUGACCAAUUUUAUCAGUGCUCUAGACAGUUUUCAUAUGAAGGACAUGGAUAGAUUCAGUGUAAAUAGUGUGCUGUCCAACCACAGGAGUUAUAUCAGGGCAUUGUCUUCAUCAAACAAUAUCCUACUACUUAAUAUUUCAUAUUCUUAUUGCUCGGGACACUAAUUGCAAUGAGCACAAUGUCUUUUACUUGACAUGAAGAUGUGAUUAACAUAAUGUUUACGACUCUCCAAAGAAACGUUCCUUAUAUAUUUAAUGAUGAUUGCUAUCAUUUUAUCAAAGCAACAUUUUGAUGCAGUUGACCUGCAAGUCACAACUGAAGAGCUUUAACAAUAUUGACACCACAUACUGUUGUAUUCGUGGUUGAUUGGAAAAAAAGUAAAAUUAGAUUUGUGCACCUGAACAUUUGUAAUUAAACAGGGAUUAAACAUGGUACUAGCAAGGGUCUGUUUAUCUACUUUUAAGUCUCCCAGAGAAUAAUGGAAUUUGAGGCAUUUUAGUGACUGUCCUUAUAUCUUAUCACCAUUCAGACGAUGGAAUGUUUUCAUGCAUCUGUACAUAUGUAGACUUGUCACAGAAAUAACAACACCCCAGUUAAUGCUAACUAGUGAUAAUGGAGAUAUGGCCAACAGAAGGAAGUAUCUCAUCUUGAAUCUCAUCCUUAUUCCUGCCAGUGUUUAUCGACCUCUGUGUUUUUAUAUGUUUCCUAUGACCGCUUGUUUUUAAAGUAUUUCUUAGCUAUUUAUUUCAAUUUUACAAAAGACCUCCAUAAUGCUGUAGGGUUUGUCAUGGAUGUUUGACUUAUGUCCAGUCAUUUACAAGUUUAAGUUCAGGAUUGGCUGAGUGUGCAAUAGCUGUUUUAAUUGCAAGUCCAUAUAGAUGUAAUUUUUUCAAAAUAAUGAAAUGUUUCAAAAACAACACUCCUGUUAAAUUCCUCGAAAUAAAGUAAAGUUAAUAUUAGUGUAAGUUUAUAUGUAUAUAAUAUAUAGAAGAUACAGUUUGGUCUUUGAUGAUGAUGUUUAGAGCAGCGAACAAGUUGAUCCAUUGUUCAAGGUGCUGCAGUUUGCUUUACAGAGUUGCACCCCUUGACCAUGCCAGGAUUUGCUGGUCAUUGGUGCAGAUCUGGGCCCCGUUUCACAAAGCUCUCGUAGCGCUAUGACUGUUGUAAGUCUAUGCAUAGGAGGUACGUUUGCUACGAGAAAAGUUACGAGAUCUUAGGCUUACGAGAGCUUUGUGAAACUGACUUUUGGAGUCGACCUUACUAUGAUUCUUAUUCUGCUUAUGGCUUUCCCCAAAGAGGGAAUUCUCUAUUAUGUCAACCCAUAUUCAGGGGAAAACAUAAAAGUAAAACGACUAUGCUUAUUUAGUACUAAUGACAGUAAAAAUCGCCUUGACCAAAAGACAAAUUUACAAUAUCUUCGACUGGCAUUUUAGAAGUUGAUUAGUAAUAAUAUAGGAACUGUAACAAACAACUGUCAUCCAUUAAAUAUCUUUCCUUUAUUAAACAAAAGUACUACUGUAAUGAUUGAAAUCAAACUUUAACAUGAUAAAAUCUAUUUUAGGUUUAUUUUUAAAUUAUGUUUUAAACAAAUUUCAGAAUAUGUAAUCAGUCUCAGGGGAAAUGUAUUCAAUAAUUUUGAGUGUCAUUUGCUGAAAUCAACCCUGAAAGUUACAUGUUAUGUACAUGUUAAUAAUUUAUUGUGACUUAUUUUUCUGAUUUACCUUGACAGCUGCAUAUAGAGUUCUGUACUGUGUACAUCUAGUCUCUGAUCAUGUCAAUAGUUUGGUAUUGCUUUAGGAGUGGAGGACAUACAUGCACGAUACAAGUGGCGUGGUUUAGUCCUCUGUGUGUGUUGUGGGACAAUGUGAUAACUGUACAAGAACCACUUUGACAUAUAGAGGGCAAUUAGCUGCACAAGUCUGGUGUCCUUACCCCAUUGAAGGGGACCAUGAAUAUGGGCAUCAAUACUAGCAUCACUGAGAUACACACACAUGAUGAAGAUUUUAGUAUUUUAGAUUUGCUAACAUGUGCUUUAAGUUAAUUAGGCAAAUAGAAACUAUUUUUAUGUAUUUUGUUUUAAUAUCUUUAGGCAGAAUCAGUAUUGUUAAAUUUAUGUGUUGCCAGGUUUAAUUUGAAGUCAAUUUAUUACUGAAAACUCUUGAGCUGAAUGCUGGAACAGACAUCCAAGCAAAAAUGUUUUGAAGAAAUCAGGAUUUCUUAUCUGUCUUAUGCAAAAUGUACGGAACCCAUCCCCAUGACAGGGCCAUUUUGGUGUCAAGCCAAUCUAUUUGUGUGUGUUUUGUUUGAUUUCAGAGUAAAUACCAUUCAUGCUGUUAAAAUUAAUGUCAACUUGAAAGAUCGUUAAAGGUUUUGUUUGUAGUAUAGAUUGGUUAUAGAAUGUUCCUGCUGACAGAAAUCUAUGAAUCUGAAGAGAAGAUGUCUUCAAAUGUUGAGUGCUAAGGUUUUGCCAGAUGGGGUCAAAGGUAAAACCCUUCCACCUUAUGUCUUGGCUUGUUAAAUGUGUUGAUAGGUAAAUAAAUAACUGAUGUACAUAGGAUUUGGAGACUACUAUUCAAACUGGAGUGAAACCUUUACGCUUUCACAUUGGGCCAGAUCUGUCGUUAUUCCUCGUAUUCAGGUUUGUUGGUAUUCAGGGCUGUGCCUGAAAUUGAAGCAAAGACGUGGAAAUUUCAGAAAGUGUUAAGUGAUAAUUUCUUGUGGACUAAAACUUUUCAAUUUCAACUGUUUGCAAGUAGAAUUGAGGUUUCACACGCAGAACAGCAUGAAUUGGAGUUGUCGUGCAUCACGUGCAGAUACACUUAAUAAAUUAACAUCUCUGCAACUUGUGUAUCUUCCAUGAGUUCACUUUACUUAUGCUGUUCAUCGUUUUCUAAUGUUUUGUUGAUUUCUUUACCAAUUAUUUAUUAGUAUAUUAUGAUUCAUGUUUUAUGUUCAUAAUUGAAGCAUGUUUUCUGUAGUACUUCAGUAACUGGACAAAAGGAUAAUCAAAACUGUUGAUUUCAAAUGUUAUGAAGAUUUUGUUUCAAGGAAAGUCAUUGUUUUGAAAGUUGAAGAUACUCUAAGGAAUCUGUGUAUAUCUUGCAUGAGUAUGUCAUGUAUAUUUUGUUUUGUUGAAAAUGAUUUAUGAGAAAUCUAUUUGUGCAUGCAAUAUGAUGAGUGUUGGUUUUGAUGAAAUGUUUUGUACUGUUAUGUUUCAUGUGUUUUGAUCAUCAUUGAAAUAUUGGAACUUGGUGACAAGUUCGUCUAGAAACACUUUUUACGAUAAUACAUUGUGCAUAUUGGGGGCUACAUUACAGCACAACAGUCCAAGUUUGAUGUUUUUGGCAAAGUUAUCCAGGAUGCCAUAUAAUAGGGUCAAUUGCUAUCAAUGAUAUGGAAUUGUAUAAACAGAAUAAUGGUCACAGGUUUUCAAUCUAUGUUUUUAGAUGUAAAAGCAGUUCUUCACAGGUCAAGGGAUUUGAGGUUGGUAAUAAAAUAACUAAUAUAUAGAUAUAUUUGGUAAAGAUAAUGUGUAAUAUUGUUUGCCUCUCAAAUGAAAUUGAUCAUUGACAUGAUAAUUUCUGUUAAAAAAAGGAGGAACUGAACAAGAUGAUAAUUAUUUGUAUUCAGGACUUUUGAGUAAAAUAGAUAGAAUGACAACUUCUUUUAUUCUAGAGCACGACGUUUCGAAACAGGUUCUUGUAUCGUUUUCAUGUGAGUAAAAUAUUUUGGGGACUUUAAAACUUUGACACAAUCAAUAUUUGUAAUUUCUCCAUCGUCACGGCAAUAUUUUCAUCAUUUAGCUCGAGGGAGCUGUUGAUCAGCAUUGUGUUACAUGUAAGUGAUUGAAUAAACAUUUUUAAUCAUU